AUGGCCGAUGAAGAUGAACUCUACUAUCUACAGCCCGGAUUUGACCUCAAUAGUCUGACCAUCCCUCGCAUACGAGCCAUCCUAGUCUCCCACAAUGUCGCAUAUCCUUCAUCCGCGAAGAAAGGUCAACUGCUGGAAAUCUUAGAGCAUGAAGUCAUGCCUCAAGCGAACAAAUUGCUCAAGGCACAAGCAAGAGUCCGGCGCACCAGUAAAGGCAUCACCGAUGUUCCCAGCAGCCAAGAAGGAACAAUUGAUGGCGAUGAUGAUGCUGACAAACAAUUGAUGCCACCUCCACCGGCCCCGACGACUCCACGCAGCCGGAAAAGCAAGUCUGACCUAUCGGCCGGGAAUUCUGUCGCGGCGACACCUUCGACCUCCAAGAGAACCAAAACUCCGAGUCGAAGAAGCACAACCAGAACGCCACGAGCUCCAGAAACAGAAGGAGAAGGAGACGGGGCCGCUCAAAGACCACGAAAGAGUGCACCAGCUCAAGCUAUGUCAGAACCGUCUGUGAAGAUCGAGGAACCUGAUGCCAAACUGAAGAGAGAAUCACUAGAAGCAGGAACAAGUCCCUUCUCCGACGACAAUCCAUUUCAAUCAGGGUCUAGUCCACCCUCAGGGUCAAAGAGAUUAUCAUCCACCUCACGAUCACGGAAAUCCCUCGCAUCAUCCACAAGUACGAAGAGCCCCGCCAAGCGCCGACAGGCGACCUCACCAUCUAUCAAAUCUGAAGAAUCCGCGCCAUCACAUUCGACCACCUACUCACUUCCUGUUUCUAGAAUUGCGCCUGAUGAACGGGAAGAUGGAGUCGCCGUCACUGAAGAGUUCACUCCUGAUGCUGCUCGUGAACUGGCUGAGGAAGAGAGGAACGGACAAGUUGUGCCCGGUAGAACCUCGACCCUCGUGCGACGGAAAAAGAAGAAGCCGACAAGUAUGGUGGCGAAAAUUGCUCCGUGGGCUGUCAUCACCACUAUUUUGGCAGCUCUCGGGGGAUGGUACAGACAAGAAAAAAUCAAUAUCGGAUAUUGUGGAGUAGGAGAAUCCCAUUGGUCACUGGCAUCCAAUCCACAUAUUCCUGCUUGGGUUCAUGAGAAUUUCCAACCAACAUGUGAACCUUGUCCGCAACACGCGAUAUGUUAUCCAAACAUGGAAGUCCAAUGUGAGACCGAUUUCGUCCUCAAGCCUCAUCCCUUGAGCUUACACGGUGCUGUGCCGUUACCUCCGACAUGCGAACCAGACAGUGAAAAGGAGAGGAGAAUCAAGGCGGUUGCCGAUAGAGCAAUUGAAGAGCUCCGGGAGAGGAGGGCUUCUUAUGAAUGCGGAGAUGAAAUCACCAGCGCCAAAGCCGUCGUUGCCACAACUACAGGAGAUACCAAGUCGGUUGUGAAAUCCACUGCAUCCAAGCUAGAAAUCGCAGAGGAAGAUUUAAAGAAAACAGUCUCGAAAAUGAGGCGAAAAGGGAUGAGUGAAGACGAAUUCGAAGACCUCUGGCGAGGUGCAUUGGGAGAUAUUAUGGGAAGAGACGAAGUGGAAGUCACUCGCGAUGGAUCUGGAAGAAUCCUCCUUUCAAGUUCCUCCCUCGCAAGACUCCCCUUCACAUGCGCAAUCCGACGAUCCCUACUUCGAGCGAUUACGCAAAAUCGAAUCCCUAUUGCAAUUUUGAUUAUCAUCUGUUCGGGCUUGGCUUACGGACGCAAUAAAAUCAUUGCCUAUCAACAGGCCACGGAGCAGAUUCCGGGCUUGGUCGCUACAACCCUGGACAGACUGGCGACACAGGCGGCGCUGAAGGAGGAUGGACGCACAACCGAGCCGUUUAUCAGUGUUGGCCAAUUGAGGGAUGAUGUGCUGAGGAAUGUAUUCAGUGCAUCAGAACGGGAGCGCGUGUGGCAGAACGUCCGCAAGAUUGUGGAGGGCAAUUCGAAUGUGAGGGCGGCGACGAGGGAAGGUGGUAAGACGGGCGAAUGGAGUCGUGUUUGGGAGUGGAUUGGCCCCGUGGAUUUGGCGCCUGGGCUGGACGGAAGGAGAUCAGGAGGUUUGAUUCGUGAUGCUACAGCGCGAGGAAGUAAUGCGGAAGGAACAUCAACAGCAGACAGGUCGAAUUGGGAGAUUCGAAAACGGGAUGAGGGAAGGCCAAUCUAUUGA